AAUAAUUCAAAAAAAAAAUAUUAUAAUAUAAAAAAAAAUAAAAAAAAGUAUACAUAUCUUGAAUUGAAGCGGAAACAUAAAACACAAAAGGGGGGGAUGUACAGGAACAACACCCAGGACGAACAGGGUCGGCGCCAGUUGCCCCCAAUUGGCGCCGAGCGGGCUGCCCGUCUUGCGGCCCGCAACAGCCUCGGCCUGAAACCUUCGCUGGGCGGAGGUGGCACAGACGGAUGGCAGAAUCCGAGUGGAUCGGAGCAUGGGUGUAAUAACCCGUUGCGGGUCUGCAAUCUGUGGGGCGAGGAUGACGGCGCUACUUCUCCUGUGGACGGUACCUGCGGGAACGGAGGACUAGCAGGAUGCCUGUCCCGGAAUAAUCCCUGGUCCUGGAUGGGACCUCCAUGGAGCGGUGCCGGCGGCAAUAACUUCGGUGGUGGCGGCACAGUGUGUGGCUGGGAGCGUGACACCUUUCUGGAAAGUGCCAAUGUGAAUAUCAAUUCCAACAAUGGUGGUAUGGGAAGCCGCGAUACCAUGCAGGAUGCUGCCAAUACCAGUGGUAGUCGUGGUGGUGGUAUGGGAAGCCAUGAUGCUGGCGAGACCUUUACAGCCGGUAUGGGUUCGCAGCGCUUCCAGUCGCAGCAGCCAUCGGGACAUACGUUUCAGCAUCAGGCCCAGAUCCACACGCCGCCGCAACAGCAUCAGUCGUCUUAUCAGCCGCAGCUUCUGAUGUCAGAUCGAAAGCUGCAACAACAACAACAGGCCCAGGUGCAUCCACAGAUGCUCUCCCAGCGACUUUGCAAUCCGGAAUCGCCAGCCACAACCCAGUCCACCUAUCAGGCGCCGACUCUGUUGCAUCGCUCCACCUUGGGGCAUCCGUUCACCCCCGAUACUGGGUCGACUCUGUUCCACGAUCUGCUCCGUACCCAGGAGCGAACGUGCAGCUUGGCACAACGCAUCCAUGACAUUCUGCCCACGGAUGCUAUGCGUCGCACGUUCCAGAACCAACUGCUCAGACAACAAAUCCAGAUCGAACAGCAGUUGGCGGCGGUGCUGGACCAGAAACUGGAUUUGGUGACGAAGGCGAUGCACAUGAACCCCGAAGUGGCGCACUCCUACUACGUGUACCAGCCGAACAACGAAUGGGCCAACGUUGGAGCAGCACUGGCCACGAGCAUAUCAGUGGGGCAUAUAUGUACCACCCCGACUUGCCCCCGACCGUCGACGCCGAUACCGACAGUGGAUCCUGCCGACAUCUCCCUGGAUAUGUCGCGUAUGGGAAUUCGUGGUUCAACGGAGUCUACACCCACGGCCACGUCGACGCCCCUGCAGGAGAGCCUUCGCUCCUGCCCCACACCAGCUGUCGGCAGUUCGGCUCCUGUUGACAAUCUAGUGACUAUGCACACAGGCUGCAUCCCAUCGACCACUGAGUCUACCGUCACCGGUCCCGCCACCACCUCUGCCACUCCUACCACUGCGAGUGCUGCUGCUGUUGCUGCAAGCUCCGUCCAGUACAAUGGACCCACCAUCCCAUGCUUGGAGCACUUGCGGGAGGAUCUGGAGAUAUUAUGAGGCCUGGCGACCGGGGAGGGGAUUAGGGGCGACAAGGACAUCGAUCAGGAUAAUGAAGAAAAGGAAGUAGCAGGAUCCAGCCGAGUUGCCGCGGAUGGAGAAGGAGUAGGGCACAACCAAGACCACACAAGCAACACAAACACUACUGAAACUAAUGAAGGAAGGAGGGGUCCUGACAUCGAAUGGAAUGUAUGGCGUCGAUACCCAAAGCAAAAAACGAUUCGGAAAUGCCGUAGAAACGUAAAGGUCAAACCGGAACACAAUCUUCUAUUUGAAGAUGAAGAAAAGGAGUGCAUCCGGGUCGUGGACGAAGA